AUGACGUUGCUAUUUCGUCGAAAUGAAGGAAGAAGAAGUGGUUAUGUGUUAAAUAGUAACCAACUAAUCAAUGUAGAUGAAAUGAUUACUCAUGAGACUGAAGGUGUUGACUAUAAUUAUGGCUAUAUUUUGAUGUUGUUUAAACGUCAAGCGGAAGAAAUUGCCAUCGGCAUAAUGUAA